UGUGCCGUUCACCGCCGGGCGGAGUGAGCAGCGGGUCAGAGGAAAAUGGCGGACGGUGUGGAUCACAUCGACAUCUACGCCGACGUAGAGGAGGAAUUCAACCAGGAAGCUGACUACCCAGUCCAUGAGCAGAUCGACCUGUAUGAUGAUGUAAUAUCCCCAUCGGCCAAUAAUGGCGAUGCUCCAGAAGACCGCGACUACCUGGACACACUGCCUGCGCCAGGUGGUUCAGAGGGAGGGAAAAGUGCUCCACCCAACGUAGUGUAUACCUACACAGGCAAAAGAAUUGCCCUAUACAUUGGAAACCUCACAUGGUGGACAACAGAUGAGGACCUGACAGAAGCCAUCAGGUCAAUAGGCAUCUCAGAUGUGCUGGAAAUCAAGUUCUUUGAAAACAGAGCUAAUGGACAGUCAAAAGGGUUUGCUCUGGUGUGUGUGGGCUCUGAUUCUUCAUCCAGGAAGUUAAUGGAGCUGCUGUCAAAGAGGGAGCUGCACGGUCAAAAUCCCAUCGUCACGCCGUGUAAUAAACAGUCACUCAGCCAGUUUGAGAUGCAGUCACGCAAAAGUUGUACAGGUACACAGUCAGGCCAGAUGUCUGGGGAGGGUAAAGCUGGUCCCCCCGGUGCUGGACCCCGUGGAGGUUUCCCAAUGGGGGGGCGAGGCAGAGGCAGGUUCCCUGGACCACCGGGCCCUGGAGACCGGUUCCCUGGUCCUGUUGGGCCUGGAGGGCCUCCACCACACUUUCCAGGUGGGAUGCAGGGUCCUCCACGUCCCCCUCCAGGUCCACCUGGCCCUCCUGGCCCUCCAGGACCUCCACCUCCUGGCCAGGGCCUUCCCCCUCCACUUGCUGGUCCCCCAAAUCGUGGCGAUCGACCCCCUCCCCCUGUUCUCUUCCAUGGUCAAUUUGGUCAGCCUCCACUGGGGCCCCUACCCCCUGGCCCCCCUCCUCCAGGUUACGGCCCACCCCCUGGUCCCCCCCCCCCUCAACAGGGCCCUCCACCUCCAGGACCAUUCCCUCCCCGUCCCCCUGGCCCUAUUGGUCCUCCCAUGGCUUUGGCUCCACCUCCUCACAUGCAAGGUCCCCCACCAGGUGGACCACCACCAGCCCCACAUGUCAACCCUGCCUUCUUUCCUCCACCUGGCAACAACAACAUGCCCCCCAACGACAGCAGAGGGCCUCCUGGACCAAAUGACCCGUACGGACGGCCACCACCCUAUGAGAGAGGGGACUACGGUCCUGGAGGCCGGGAGAUGGAGGCGUCACGGACCCCACUGAGUGAGGCAGAGUUUGAGGAGAUCAUGAACAGAAAUAGAGCCAUCUCCUCCAGUGCCAUAUCAAGAGCAGUGUCUGACGCCAGUGCAGCUGACUAUGGCAGUGCUAUAGAAACCUUGGUGACAGCCAUUAGUCUCAUUAAACAGUCUAAAGUCUCAGCUGACGACCGUUGUAAGGUCCUCAUCAGUUCACUACAGGACUGUCUCCACGGCAUUGAGUCAAAAAGUUACGGCUCUGCAUCCAGGCGAGAGCGUUCCAGAGAGCGUGACCAUAGCCGGUCGAGGGAAAAGAGCAGGCGUCACAAGUCUCGUAGUCGUGAUCGGCACGAGGACUAUUACCGAGAACGCAGCCGUGAGCGGGACCGGCAUCGUGAGAGGGACCGGGACAGAGACCGGGAGAGAGAGAGGGAGCGAGAGUACCGACACCGCUAGAGGACUGGGGAGCUAACGAGGAUCAAAGAUGGAAGGAAGCAAAAGGAGGAACGACUACAUUGGCCACAGCCUCCCCACCCUGCAUGACCGGACAGGAUUAGCAUCUCUUCCUCCCCUCCAUCUCUCCUCUCCUUCUCCACCCAUCCUUCUCUGUUUCUUCAUCUUGUCUGCCUGACUUAAGAGCAGUGGAUGGAAGACCCCGACCUGUGUAAGGCUAUGUUAUCCAAACAUAUACUCAUGGUAACUAAAGAUGAAAGAAAAAAACUUUCCAAAACAGCUCUGUUAUUUUUAUGAUGUUUUAUUUGAUAUGAAGUUGAGUAAAUGUGAUGCUUUUUUGAAAAACAGGAACAGCCCCCACCGCCUCCAAACAGAUGACACAAACAUUGCAUCCUUAAGUUUUUUUUUUUAUUUUAUUUUCCCUCGGCUCGCUGUACUGUGUACAUUCAGUUUAGAGAUUAGUUUUUAUAGGGUACAUGUUUGGUGUGUCCCCCCCUCCCCCCCAUUCUUAUUUGUUCAUGGUUAGUAUGUUUGUAAAUGUUUCUCUGCUUUUGAUUAAAAACUAGAUGGUGUUGUAAUAAAAAAUGUUCACUGAGGUACACUUGCAUUUGGUGAAUUCCUCUACAUGUUUGUGUCAUUUAUAUUAAAUGUGAAUUUUGGUCUAUAAAAUGUUUUCAUAUUGAAUUUGUCUACUUUUAAGUGACACUUUUUAGCUGCAUUGGCAGGUGGCUUUGUUUUACAAAGCACAGCUGUGUUACUUGGUACUUUUCUGUAACACAGAAGGUAAAAAAUAAGACAAGAGUUGAGUGUAAUAAUUUGUAAAGUGCCCUGGCUGAUUGAUGCAAACAUAGAUGCUGAACAAAAAACGUGCAGCUGUUGGGACCAUUUCCAACUGCACACAAAACCUCAAAAUUAGUGUUCAUUAAGUGGUUUCUUGUUGUACAUCGCCAAAAACAUUUCCAAACCAAGCUGUUUCUGAAAUGUUAUGUUUUGUGUAUGUGAAUUAAGUUGGCCCACAUUGAUUUUAAUCCACUCUUAGUUUACAUAUCAAUGAAACAUUUCCUACUGAUACCCCCCAUUCUUUUGUGCCAUUUGCUAUAUUUUUUUCUUGUUUGAAAUUGUCAACUUGUGAAAACCAGCAUGAAUGAUCAAAGCAGCUCACUGGUAAAAACUGAACUUUUACUACACUUACAUUGUCAUGUGCCGUACUACACUUUAUUUCCUACUUUUGUUCAUGUUAUAGGCUGUCGACAUACACCUAGUGUUUGUAGGUUUUUAAAACUGGUAUGAAGAAUUGUGCAUGUUUUUCCUUGGUCAAAUGAAUUUAAAGGAAUAAGUAUAAUGGACACUGUGUUCUGUUUACUAAAAAAAAAAAAAAAGUAAAUUCAGUCUGGAAACACUGUAAAAGCUACCAUGAGAUGGGAAGCUCACAUUGUAUGAAUUUAACAAGGCAAAAUCACACAAAUGCAGGUUAAACAACACAUUUGUCUACAACUGUUGCCUGGUUCAUAUAUGAAAAUUCUGUUUAUUCUGUUUAAUGGAAGAUCAUAAAUUUGUUCAGAUGUUUUGUCUUUCACCAUAAAGCUAAUAAGUCCUUUAUAUUUAACUGCUCAAGGUGUUGGUAUGGCAAGAAAUUCAUGUAGUUCAUCCAUUGUAACUGCCACUGAAAUCACCCUGUCUUACUAAAACAGGUCUGUAUCAACAUCCACAUGUUUAACCCCCAACAAUGUGUCUAUGUUCUAUCAGUAUACUUGGAGGUUUUUAUAUUGACAAAUGUUAAUUGUUCCCACCAGCAUCUGUUUUAAGUAUGGCUAC